CAGGUAAAUUGGAGCGUCAUUCUGCGUCAUUCAGCGUCUAUUGAAGCCUUUGAUGACUUCCGCAAACAAAUCACGAGAGGCGUCAAUAAUCACUACAGAGUGCACGAGAGGAGGGAGAAGCGUUUUAUAUUAGAUUGGACCGGAGAGAUCGGAUUUGUACAGCGGUGGAGUCUGGAGCUCCAUGUCUGGGAUCCGGAAAGUCAUGACGAACUUCCGCCUGGCCGUGGUGCAGCUGCACGUCACACAGCUGAAAUCGCAGAACUUGUCUCGAGCUCAGAAGCUGGUGAAGGAGGCGGCAGGUCAGGGGGCAAAGAUCGUGGUCUUACCAGAAUGCUUUAACUCUCCGUACAGGACGGGAUACUUCGCCAAAUACGCUGAGAAAAUUCCGGGAGAAUCGACGCAGGUCUUGUCCGAGGUCGCUGCUGAGUGUGGGAUUUAUCUAGUAGGAGGCUCUAUCCCAGAGGAGGAUGGAGGGAAACUCUUUAACACCUGCCCAGUGUUUGGACCUGAUGGCAAAUUACUGCUGAAACACAGAAAGAUUCACCUGUUUGACAUCGACGUUCCCGGGAAAAUCCGUUUCCAGGAGUCGGAGACGCUGAGUCCCGGGAGCAGUUUAUCGGUGUUUGAGACACCGUACUGUAAAGUGGGAGUUGGGAUCUGCUAUGACAUUCGCUUCGCAGAACUGGCCCAGAUCUACGCAAAGAAAGGUUGUCAGUUGUUGGUUUACCCUGGAGCCUUUAACAUGACCACAGGACCUGCUCACUGGGAGCUGCUUCAGAGAGCUCGGGCGGUCGAUAAUCAGGUUUACGUGGCCACGGCUUCACCGGCGAGAGACGAAAGUGCCAACUACGUGGCCUGGGGUCACAGCUCGGUCGUCAACCCCUGGGGUGAAGUGAUCACAAAAGCACAGUCGGAGGAGAGCGUAGUGUACGCAGAUAUCGGUCUGCAGUACCUGUCUGACGUGCGGGAACAGAUCCCGAUCACUAAGCAGAAGCGUAACGAUAUAUACGAGGUUAAAGUAGUAAACGAGGGCUGAGCAGAUGAUCGCUUUGCCUGACUGAGACCCUGUGUAUACCUGCUACAUCUCAGAUCUGAAUUAUCGAGAUCAAAAAAUCUCCAAUUCCCACAGAGGUUUUAUAAUAAAUUUAAGUCUAUUUUCAAUAA